AUGCUCAAGAGAGCCUUUGGUAUUUUCAGUAGGAGUAAUUCCACAAAUAAAUCGAGCGGCGCCAUUUCGACGGCGUCAAACACACUAUCACCAAGCGAGAUUAUAUCCAAGGCACAAGAGAAGGCCAAGGAUCCUAAAUGCGAUGCCCUAAAGCCUAUAGUAUGGAUCGACUGCGAGAUGACGGGGCUCGACCAUCAGAAGGACAGCAUUAUUGAGAUAUGCUGUUUGAUAACAGACAAGGAUUUGAAGUUGAUUGAUGAGGAAGGGUACGAAUCUGUCAUUCAUCAAGAUCAAAAGGUGAUGGACUCUAUGAACGAGUGGUGUGUCAACCAGCAUGGGAAAAGCGGGCUCACUGAGAAGGUCAUCAAGAGCACCAAGACCAAGGAGGAAGUGGAGGCAGAGUUGUUGGAGUAUCUCAAGAAAUACAUGAAUCCCGGUGUAGGGAUCCUUGCAGGAAACAGCGUCCAUAUGGAUCGGUUAUUUAUGCUCAAGGAUAUGCCGAAAGUUGUCGAUUAUCUCACCUACAGAAUCAUCGACGUCAGUUCCAUUAUGGAGAUUGCAAAGAGGUUCCAUCCUCUAGUUGCCAACUCCAGGCCUCGUAAGAGAGGUGCACAUACUUCUCGUGCAGAUAUUCUGGAGAGUAUCCAAGAUCUUGAGUAUUACCGUGGGUCCUAUUUCCGUGGGCCAAAUGAGGCAACCGCCACUACAAUUAAGGAGUUUCUAAAGACAUGGCCAACUCCAGAACCUUCAAAUGAGGAUGAUAAAAACAACUUCAAGGAGGAGAAAAGCCAAGAUGAAGUCAAACUCUCCCAAAAUGGAAAUGAACAUCCAUCAAAGAGACGCAAAGUUUAA